AUGGGCUUUCUACAAGAUAUCUCACGGAGGCUGCCAACCUCGAAAGCGAAUUUGGACAAGUUUGACGACGAUCUAUCACAUCGCACCGACAAAACAUCGCCGCGGUUAUCCUUCUUCCGCCGCCGGAUACGACUGAAGGGGAGCUCUUCUGUGUCGAUACCCCUAGGCCUGGUGCUUCUGUUCCCAUGUCUUGUUAUAAUCAUAAUCAUAAUUCUCUUCGUGAGGUCGCCAGACUCACAGGGCAUCAUGAAUAUGCCUGCGGGCACUCCUCCGUCGAUAAGAAAGAUUAGCGAAAAGUACGAUAAGCCAUUCGCAGUAGGCUGUCUCGAGCCACAGGUCAACGGACCCCGAGCGAACGCCGCAUUCGUUGUGCUGGCGAGAAAUAAGGAGCUAGAGGGCGUCAUACAGUCGAUUAAGUCAAUUGAGAGGCAUUUCAACCACUGGUUCCACUAUCCCUACGUCUUUCUCAACGACGGAGACUUCAACGAGACGUUCAGGGAAACAGUUUUGAAGCAUGUCAGCGCUCCGGUCGAAUGGGGCAAGAUACCACCCGAGCACUGGGGGUUUCCGGACUGGGUCGAUCCCGCGGUUGCAAAGGAGGGAAUCGCAAAACAGGGCGAUCGCGCCAUCAUGUACGGCGGCAUGGAGAGCUACCAUCACAUGUGCCGCUUCUACUCGGGCAAAUUCUAUCAACACGAGCUACUGGCCAAGUACGAGUGGUACUGGCGCCUGGAGCCGGAGAUCAAGUACUUCUGCGACAUUACGUACGACCCUUUUAUUCACAUGAUACGGAACAAGAAGACGUAUGGCUUCACCAUUGCCGUCAAGGAACUAAGGGAAACGGUCCCCAACAUCUGGCGAUAUGCAUCUGCGUAUAAGCGAAACAACAACUUGACAUCGAAGGGUAUGUGGGAGAUGUUUGUAGAGAAGCCAAAAGAGGAGGAAGAGAAAGAUAAGAACAAAGACGCAAAGUCGAAAAAGCCAUUCUUUCCACAGGAUAUCAUGGAUGCGGAAUUCGGCUCAGAGGCUCUUCCCGAGAUCCACCCUGAGAACAUGGAAGGCGAAUCGUACAACAUGUGCCAUUUCUGGAGCAAUUUCGAAAUCGCCAACCUCAACUGGUUCCGGAGCAAGGAGUACAACGACUUCUUUGAAAUGAUGGAUCGCAGUGGUGGCUUCUGGAUGGAGAGAUGGGGAGACGCGCCCAUUCACUCGCUAGCUGCUGGAGCACUACUGGGUCCUGAAGACAUUCACUACUUCCGCGAUUUCGGUUACCGACACACUACAAUUCAGCAUUGUCCCGCCAAUGCCCCCGCGAGGCAGCUCGUCAGAGAGCCAUACUUUGACAAGAUGACAACAGAUGAGAAAGAACGAGCGGAAGAGGCCAAGUACUGGGCUACGCCGGACCCGGUCAAGGAGAAUGGUGUCGGAUGCCGAUGCAAAUGCGAUACCGAUAUUGUCGAUGUAGAAGGCAAGGAAGGAUCCUGCCUAACAGAGUGGGUGGAGGUUGCUGGUGGCUGGGCAUCUCCCGGCCCACAAUGAUUACGAUCACUUCGUCUUGCACGGUUCCCUACCAGCUUCGGGCUAGCAUUCUGUCGGAGCAUAGCAUUUAAUCCUGUUUCCAGUAAGGCGUCAGGUGUUGGCAUUGCAUGUGAGUUGGGUCGUUUUCUAGUAGAUCUCGGGAGGAUAGGAUCACGAGGGGCACCAGGGCGUUGGGGAUGCAUCUCACCUACUGCAUCUUGGGGGAUACCUCAUACAUCUACGAAUACGAAUGCACAAUUUCCAAGCGUCA